AUGACUCGUCGUUGCGAUAGUAAUCCUGCUCAGUACGAGAGGAACCGCAGGUUCGGAUAUUUGGUUCACGCACUCGCUCGAGCGGGCGGUGGUGCGAAGCUACCAUCCGUGGGAUUAUGCCUGAACGCCUUUAAGGCCGUAUCCUUUCUAGUCAAAGGUGGCAACGAUAUUUUUUGGAGUUCCGAGAGUCGAAAGGCUCAAAACAAUACGACUUACGUACCUGGCAGGGUGGACGACGACGACGACGACCCAAUCACCCGCGUCGGUGGUGACGACGAACACGAUAAUCAUCCUGGCGAUGGUCGUCAUCAUCGUCGUCGUCGUCGUUGUCGUAGAGGGCCCCAACCCAUUAUCAAUUGGGAUGAAAUUAAGCAUUAUCAAAAUUAUAGAUAUGUGGGGGCCCUCGAAGAAUGCUGGCGUUUGUUCGAAUUUAAAAUAACAGACAAGUCCCAUAGCGUUUCGGUGUUACCGGUACACGCCGAAAAUGACCAUCAAGUCAUUUUCGACGAGUACCGAGACACGGAGAAUGAGAUAGUGGAUAGAGCUACCAAAAACACGAAGUUGAUCGCCUAUUUUAAUCUGAACCGUAACGAUCCUGAGGCGAGACUUUUGAGAUAUGUAGAAAUUCCAGAACGUUAUUCGUGGAAUGGCGCGAAAUCGAUGUGGCAACGCCGCAAGAAAGCGAGCAAAGUCAUCGGUCAACUCGCUAACGCAAGUCCCGAUGACCAAACUCGCUUUUAUCUGCGGAUGUUGCUGCAACACGUGGGGGGGGUGCGACAAGCUUCACGAACUUGCGCACCGUCGACGGUGUCGUUUGUCCUGAUUUCAUGUCGGCCUGUCACGCCAUGGGACUACUCCGAAACCUCGAUGAAUACAAUCGGGCUCUUGAGGAAGCCAUAUUGGGACGGGAAUAACGACGGCAUCGCAACAAUGUGGCGGAAUCAUAGAACCUAUUUAAUUUCUGAUUUUAUGGACCAUGGCGUUGACGAGUCGGAAGUUGCCGAACGGAUGGCACUGUACCACGUGUCCACUGUCAUCGGUAGAUGCGCCCUCGGCGGCGACCGAUUCACUAUGGCCGAUUUAGGAUUGCCAGUCGUUAACGCCGACGACUUUUUUAGGAAUGAAUGGAGGGUUUUUAAGAAUUUGUUAGUAACGCAAGAUGCCGUCGACCGCGACGCGAGGGGUGGGCUUAUUCUGGGGGACGAUUUAUUGAUUGAUAACUUGAAAUUCUUGAAUCAGGGUCAAAAAUUAAUAUUUGAUACCAUUUUUGAAACAUUGCAAACACUUUCGGCCUGGGGAUACGGAACGACGACGGUAGCCGCCAAUAGGCCGCCGUUUCCGUAUCCCUAUCAAAAUUUAUUUUUCAUAGACGGUCCUGGCGGUACUGGGAGGACUUUUCUCUACAAUUGUAUAAUUGGUAAAAUACGCCGAGACUUUGGGAAACCAAUUAUAGCGGUAGCUUGGACCGGAAUUGCGGCUACCCUUUUAUCCAAGGGUACCACCGUACAUUCUGCGUUCAAGUUGCCACUAAAAUUGAAUGAAGAUUCUAUUCCGGGGUGGCCGGUAGAAAGCGACAAAGCUCGCAUCAACCGAGAGGCUCCCGUCAUUUUGUAG